UGGACGACUGCAAGAAAAAAACGUUUGUGCUAUUGCAAACGUUUGUAAUUAUUUUUGUAAAAAUAAAAACGUACAAAUCCACCGAAAAUUUAAUUGAAGGUCACACACAAAUGCACAUUAGUUGCAAGUUGUGUGAUUUGAUAUAAAGAGAGUGCAAUAACGCUUCGUUAUAAGGCUGCUACUUAACAGAAGUGACUGGUGAAUCAGCAGCAGAGACACAAGGGGCAACAUUUAGCGUCAGUGUCCGUGGAGUCGCAACCUCUAAUUAUUAUCUACACACAUAGAAAAAAUAUAAGCGACAUGGUCAAUACGUCUGGCAGUGAAGAUGGCCAGUUGCGCAGCCCCAACGAUGGACACUAUAUCAGUGGCGAUGAUGAUGAGCACGAUGCGGAUGCACUGUACAUACAACCGCCACAGCCGGCAGCCAGCAGCCAAGGACGUGGUAGCGAUGCGUCGAGUACACGCCGUGAGAAGAAGAAACAUUCCCGCGAUCGCCGACACAAGGAACAGCGCAGCAGUUUAGAGGGCGUUGAACGUGAACGAGACCGACGCGAACGUGAACGAGAUCGCUUUGAAUACGCCCGAACACGCGAUGAUCUGGAGCAGCAACGUUAUCAUCAGCACCAUCAGCAGCAGCAUCAUCAGCAUCGCAGUGAACGAGCGGCCAAGCAUCAUUUGAGUCAUGCCUAUCAUUAUCAGCAACAGUUGCCACUGCCACCACCACCGCUGCCGUCACAAAGCUAUGCCCAUCAUCAUCACUACCAUCAGGAGCAACAACUGAUGGGUCUCUCGCGUAGUGGAGCACGCGCUGAAUAUUAUCACAGCAGUGGACGCCAUGUGGACUAUGCGGAUGUAGAGCAGCAGCCGCCGUCCAGGCGUGCGAGUAAACAUGGCUAUGAGCAGCCCAAAGAUGCUGAAAGCCUGGAGCAGGAUUUGCGUUCGCGACUUCUUAGUAAACGCCACAAAUACGUCAAGGACUAUGAGUCGGAGGAGAACUACGAGCAACCUCAACAGUCUCAUUCCCACAGUCGCCGCAAGGAGCGCGACUCUAGACGUAGCAGUCAUAGUCACAAGAUGCGACAUGGUCAGGUGAUUGAGCUGCUCGACAGUCCCGAGACAGCAGCGCAACAGCAACAUCAACGCCAUAAGCAACAUAGGCGCGCCGAAGCUGAAGCUGCAGCAGCACUCGCUGCGCAGCAACAACAACAGCAGCAACAACGUGGCACAACGUCCAAUGAUCCCGAGUUGUUGGCACGCCGUGAAAAGAUCUUGGCAGCCGAGCGUGAGAAUCGUCAGCGUCGGCAAAUUGCCCGCGAGGAGCUGGAGGCAAGGCGAGAGCAGCUGCUGCGUGAACGCAACGAGCACAGCGAUGCACUCAGUCCCACGGCGGUGGCGGCGAGCGUGACAGCCGGAUUGAAUAUAGUCAAGCGGAAGCAGAAGACGAACGUAGAGGAAACUCAAUACGAGCGUCGCAAGCGCAGCAAACAGUCCACAGAGGAAUUGAAUAAACAAUCACAGUCCAGCGAUGAAAGCGAAUCGGACGAAGAGGAUGAUGAGGAGGAAAGCGGCAGCGCUGAAAGUGGCAGCGAUUCGGCCGAAAGCGAGGAAAGCAACUAUGAGCAGCAGAAGGAACAGCAGCAGCAGUCACAUAAAAAGCACCGUAAACGCAAGGAGCAGAAGCAGCGGCAGGAUGACGAUGACGAGGAUGUGCCGCUGCCUGAUAGUCCGCUUAGCGUAGGAGCCCUCUACAAAUCGCCCAAACAACGAGCGCGCUCACGUUCCGCGAGCAGCUCAAAGAGCAGUCACAGCCAGAACAGCCGCAGCAGUCGUAGUCGCAGCAGGAGUCGGAGUCGCAGUCAUAGCAGUCGCUCGCGCAGCAGUGAAGAGGAGGAUGUGGAGGCGGAACAGGGACCACGUUCACGCAGCAGCAGCACACGCAGCGAGGAGCGUGGCAUGGCGCAAUCGGGUGGACAACAACAGUCUGCAACGGAUACGGCUGACGUCAGUUUCAAAGCAACACCAGCUGAAGAGCUGCCGCCCUGCGAUGACAAAGGCAUUCCACUGCCCAACUAUUAUCCUGGGGUGCAAGGUUGUCGCUCUGUCGAAGAAUUCCAAUGUCUCAAUCGCAUCGAGGAGGGCACCUACGGCGUCGUCUAUCGCGCCAAAGACAAACGCACCAACGAAAUUGUUGCGCUAAAGCGUCUCAAAAUGGAAAAAGAAAAGGAGGGAUUUCCCAUCACAUCGCUGCGUGAGAUUAAUACGCUGCUUAAGGGUCAGCAUCCAAAUAUUGUGACUGUACGCGAAAUUGUCGUGGGCUCCAAUAUGGAUAAGAUCUUUAUUGUGAUGGAUUAUGUGGAGCACGAUCUCAAAUCGCUGAUGGAAACCAUGAAGCAACGCAAGCAGAGUUUCUUUCCCGGUGAGGUCAAGUGCUUGGCACAACAAUUGUUGUUGGCUGUGGCGCAUUUACAUGACAAUUGGAUACUGCAUCGUGACCUGAAGACCUCCAAUUUGCUGCUCUCCCACAAGGGCAUCCUCAAGGUCGGUGAUUUUGGCUUGGCCCGCGAAUAUGGCUCCCCAUUGAAGAAGUACACAUCGCUGGUGGUUACGUUGUGGUAUCGUGCACCAGAGCUGUUGCUCUGCUCUCCGGAAUACUCCACACCCAUCGAUGUGUGGUCCGUGGGUUGCAUUUUUGCCGAAUUUCUGCAAAUGGCGCCGCUCUUUCCGGGCAAAUCCGAAAUCGAUGAGCUUAAUCGUAUAUUUAAGGAACUCGGCACACCCAACGAAAAGAUAUGGCCUGGCUACUUGGAGCUGCCUGCUGUCAAGAAUAUGCUGAGCCAGAACUCGCAGUUUACCGAUUAUCCGGUGUCGCAGCUGCGUAAGCAUUUCCAAGACAAGACCUCGGAGGCGGGUCUAGCGCUGCUACAAGGUCUGCUCACAUACGAUCCGAAACAAAGACUGACUGCAGAUGCGGCGCUGAAGCAUGCAUAUUUCAAGGAGCUACCACUACCCAUCGAUCCAUCCAUGUUCCCCACUUGGCCGGCCAAGAGCGAGCUGGGCGCCCGCAAAGCUCAAGCCUCCUCACCUAAACCACCCUCAGGUGGCUCGCAGUUCAAGCAGCUGGGACGCGACGAACCGAUGGCCACAGCUGCAGCUAAAGGCGGUGCUAAGCUCGCGUCGGGCAUUAUUACGGGUAACAAGAAGAGCAAUGCCGGAAUGGCGGCGGCAACGGCAGCCAGUACAGGAUUUGUGCUUAAUGCGGGACUAACGCAACGUCAAAUGGCCAUGGGACCAGGCUUCAGUCUGAAGUUCUGAGACAAAGUUCACAGUUUGUGUUUAGCCAAUUAUCGGAUCAUUGUUAUGUAUAGAGUUUAGCGUGUAAGUGCAAAAAGAAACAAAAAAACAAAACCACAAAAAAACCAAGAAUAUCGUUUAAAUGUAUGUGUACAAAUAUUGUUCCAAA